AUGGUCAUCGCCAGAGCUUCCUCUCGUUGGACUUCGAGACUGUUCGCCCAAUCUGCACGAGCUACUAGACCCUCUCGAACAUGGCGACCGGUUCAACGACGUACAUAUGCUAGUGAUGGAGGUCACUCUAGUCAACAAUCUUCGAUGCUGGCAGGAGACCUACCUUGGGCCAUCGCAUCUAUAGUUGUCACCGUACCAUCAGUAUAUUACCUGAUGCAGCCUCAAAUUGAGAGGUUUCAACAUCCUGAAAAGCACGGACACGGAGGACAUGACGAUCACGAUGAGCACGGCGGAGAAGGCGAAGGCGGUGAGGAAGGCUCUUCGAGUGAAGGUGGAGAGUCUGGAGAGGAUCAAAGUGAAGGCGGCGAGCAAGAAUCAAAAGAAGGCGAGAACGAUGAAGACAAAUCCGACGACUCUGAUAGUGAGGGUGGAGAGAAGGAUACUCCCAAUACCUCAGAUCAUGAAGAUUCAGAAAACACCAUACACGAGAAGGAGGGAGGUCAAGAUGUGGAAGGUGUACAGUUCAAGGGCGCUACUAGCGGUGGCACCAGAGAAAACGAGCAAGGCGACACACGAAAGCAUAUUCCAGAUGCGAAGGGGUUCAACAAGAAGAGAAUCGAGAGUCACUAUGGUGGGAAAGAAGGCGAGGCUCAAGAGCCAGAACAGGACCCGAGUGACAAAGACAUGGCUGCUACAUCCAAAUCUGCUGGAGACAUGGGCACACAAUCGGGAAAGCAGGAAGGACUUUCAAACACCGACACCAAACACUCCACCAACAUUGCCGAGGACCCUGAAAAGAGCACCAAAGGCGAAGGCGGUCCCGAGACAGCCAAGAGCAAAGGAACAGUGGACCCGCAAAGACCACAGCGCUGA